AGCAACGAGGAUGUGACCUCACGAUCCCGUUUUAUUUGACUUCCCCGAACCAGCCCCACCCCCUAAACCGGAUCCCCCGGUUCGUAUAAAUGAGUAUACUCCCUUCCCCCUUACUCCUGCUAGUGCCGCCUCUCUCUCCCUCCCGCCCGCCUCGCUCUCCCUCCCUCCCCCUCUGGACCCACUUACCACCAGAAAGCCGCGAAACAGCUUUUCUUUGCCGGUCUUUGGUUUAAUCUGAUUGUCUCCUUAGAUCUGUUGAACCUUUUUCUUUCCCCAUAUUAAAUCAUUCCUCCUCUAGGGGUUGUUUUGAUAUUCUGUGUUUUGAUAUUUUUUCUCUAUCUACAUCUCUUAUUAUCUCCAUAUAGGCUUCUCUCUCCUUUUUUCCCCCUUCAUUUUAUUUACUCGAAAUUUCUUCUCAUAGUAAUCUCCCUUCUGAGCGCGUUAUUUGAUUUGAUUUUGGGUUUUAGUACUUGCUUCUUGUUCGAUCCGGAGGAGUGGAUUAGUUUUGGAUGGUUUUUUAGGGUUUCAAUCUCCACCUCGUUCUGUAAAUUCUUCACCAAGUUUUUUUUUUUUCUUGAUGAUUUUUGGGUUUCGUUCUUCGAUUUCACCGUUGCUGGUGCCCCAGCCUCAUCGAUCUAAAUUCAGUACUAUCUUUUAUGUGAAAUUGUUUGCUCGCGUUUCCGAUUCGAUCGCUUUCUUCUGUGUCUAAAAGCUAGGGCAAUUCUUUCUCUCGUUCAUUUUUUGGGUUCUUGCUUUUAUUUUUGUCCUUGUUUUUUUUUUUUUUUUUCCGAGUAGUUUCUUUGAUAUAACGAUGGUGAGUUCCGAAGGUUUGAGUGGUCCGUCGCCUCCACAAGCAGUGAGGCAGUAUGGGGUGACGAAACCGAUCUCUGUUGCUGGACCAACGGAGGCGGAUAUCCAGAGAAAUUUGGAAUUGGAGAAGUUCUUGGUUGACGCUGGGCUCUAUGAAACCAAAGAAGAAGCUGCUAAAAGGGAAGAUGUUCUUGGUCAGAUUGAUAAGAUUGUAAAAGGUUGGGUCAAGCAAUUAACUCGCCAGAGGGGGUACACAGAUCAAAUGGUUGAGGAGGCAAAUGCUGUCAUAUUUACCUUUGGGUCUUAUCGGUUAGGGGUGCAUGGACCCGGGGCUGACAUAGACACGCUGUGUGUUGGGCCAUCAUAUGUCAAUCGAGAGGAAGAUUUCUUCAUUAUCUUGCAUGAUAUUCUAGCAGACAUGGAAGAAGUUACUGAACUUCAGCCUGUUCCAGAUGCCCAUGUUCCUGUAAUGAAGUUCAAGUUCCAGGGGAUUUCAAUUGAUCUUCUUUAUGCAAGUAUCUCCUGUUUGGUUGUUCCAGAAGAUUUGGACAUCUCCCAUAGGUCUGUUCUGUACAAUGUUGAUGAACCAACAGUCCGAAGCCUUAAUGGUUGCAGGGUUGCAGAUCAGAUUCUCCGUCUUGUUCCAAAUGUUGAGCAUUUUCGUACCACUCUAAGAUGUUUAAAAUUUUGGGCUAAAAGGCGUGGUGUAUAUUCAAAUGUUACUGGAUUUCUUGGUGGUGUGAAUUGGGCUCUUUUAGUUGCUCGUGUAUGUCAGCUUUACCCUAAUGCAAUUCCCAGUAUGUUGGUUUCCCGUUUUUUCAGGGUUUAUACCCAGUGGCGUUGGCCAAAUCCUGUGAUGCUGUGUCCAAUAGAGGAGGAUGAACUUGGUUUCCCUGUGUGGGAUCCUCGUAAAAAUCCUCGUGACCGAACUCAUCAUAUGCCGAUUAUCACACCUGCAUACCCUUGCAUGAACUCUAGUUACAAUGUUUCAACAAGUACCCUUCGAGUUAUGAUGGACCAAUUCCAGACUGGUAACAAGAUCUGUGAGGAGAUUGAGCUGAAUAAAGCACAGUGGACUGCAUUGUUUGAGCCAUAUCUUUUCUUCGAAACAUAUAAAAACUAUUUGCAGGUUGACAUAGUUGCAGCAGAUGUUGAUGAUUUGCGUACUUGGAAAGGUUGGGUAGAGUCCCGGCUGAGGCAACUUACUUUGAAGAUAGAACGAGACACAUAUGGGAUGUUGCAGUGCCAUCCUUAUCCAAAUGAGUAUGUUGACACCUCCAAACAGUGCUCACAUUGUGCCUUUUUCAUGGGGUUGCAGAGGAAAGAGGGGGUGAAAGUCCAGGAAGGUCAACAAUUUGAUAUACGGGGGACAGUAGAUGAGUUCAGACAUUCAAUUAACAUGUAUAUGUUCUGGAAGCCAGGGAUGGAAAUAUAUGUUUCUCAUGUUCGUAGAAAACAGAUUCCUUCAUAUGUGUUUCCAGAUGGGUAUAGACGACCUCGGCCAUCAAAGCUUUUGAGCCAAUCAGCUGAAAAAUCAUCUUGUGAUGAUGGAUCCAGAACUGGAUCAGCAGAAGGAAGACUCAAGAGAAAAAAAGAUCCUGAAGUAGUUGAUGUAAAGCCAGAAAAACGGGCUUCCAUUAGCCCCCAAAGGCAAAAUUCUCUUUCUCCUGAAGUUGGUAGUAACAUGUCUGGUGGAGCCUCUCAGUUCAACUCUGCACAAAGUGAUCGGCAGCCACACCCAAUAGGGGUUAGUUCAUCAUUUCCUCGGACUGAGCAUUGUUCAAAUUCUGAAAGGGUUAUAGCUGGCAUUCAAGACAAACAGGCUUCAAAUGGCUCAAGGCAGGAGUUUCUUGCCUAUUCUGCAGUUCAUAGCAGCGGGUUAGAUGGAACAUGUCAGAUAGAUGGGGAUGCUGGUUCUAUUCGUAGAAGGCUUACGUGGUCAGAGGGUGAUGCUGAGAAUGGUAGUGAGCUGGUCAAACUGGAGAAGCAAUCACUUGGCACUGAAAAUUCUGAUGCAGGAUUGGGGGGAGAUAAUAGUAUCCAAGUCACACGUGAGGUUAGUUCCUCCGAGGAUGUCCGAUCAGAAUCUGUAGCAGGUAGCAGUGGGAUCUUUGGAGGGGGUGACAACCAAGGCUCUUUGCAGGUUGAUCCAUGUAAGUCCAACUCAGAAUUGCUUUUGGAGAAUGGGUGCUUAAACGGGAAUGGGAUAUUUCAGAACGACCUAACAGAAGAGUUGGAGGUUUUGCCAAAUGUUGCACUUGGGAUGGUCCUAAAAGCUCGAAGUGGUGCCAAUUCGGAAUCUGUAUCAAAACCGGUGAUAAGGUUAAGUUUGACGUCUACAGCUUGAAGAACCGAAGCUGAUCCAGUGAAAGAUGAGUUAGAAUGUGGGCGUAGAUCGUAAAGCCAGCACUACUUCGGUAAGUAUUGAAUCAAUUGCUGGCUUUCGUUUUCAUUUUACAGGCAUGACUCUAUUUUAUGCUGCGGAGUGGGAGCUGUUGAUGAUCUGAAGAGUUUUGCGCUAGGCUUGCCAUUUAAGUGUACAGUCGUAGUUGUGUAUCAUGAGCCGCACAAGCUUUUAUCACCCAAUAUCUCUAUAAAGAGGUAUUUGGUGCCUUUUCCAAAUUGGGAGUCUGAUUUUUUGUUCUACAUUUUCUUGGUGGGCGUGGACUUUGUAGUAUUAGCAUUUUUAUUGAAAACUGUAUCUUUUUUUCUGCUGGGGUGGGGUGGGAUUGAGCAUGGUUUUGUAUAAUGUGCAAUGGAAGUAUUACUGUAAUGGGGGGUGGGGGGAGCUGGGAUUCCAGAUUUGUGCCAUGGGUUAUUGCCCAGACAUGUGUUUGUAACUUGGUGCGUUUCAAUAUUAUGCGUCUGUGUAAAUUACAAGCUCACAUCAUAUAUCUUUUGAGGAA